AUGUGGACUUACAUCAUUGCAGCGGCACGUCGCGACACUCGUCAAUCUAUAAACACACGUAAACGAAACACCUCUUCUAACACAUUAGACGACCAACCCUACUCAUACCGCGAUGGAAAACCGUUCACAUUAACUUAUUCGGGUCCACCGCAUCCUGGACCCUCCGGUUCCCAUAACCGGAGCAAAACUCGUGUCAAACGACACUAUUCACGAUCAGAAAGCUCCACUUCGCCGAAGACAUUGAGCCCUAUCCAACUACGGGCUCAAUAUAAACGACAACUAGAAGAAACUGUAGAACCGUUUGACGAGGCGACCAAUGAGGAUAACACUAAUAGCAACUGGAUGCAGAGACAAUUCUCAAGAGUAACUCGAAAUCUUCGCUACCGUAUUAGCGGAGAAGGCAGCUCCAAAACACCAGAUUGGUUCCUAGAUAAGUUUGCAGCGCAGACAUUCACUGAUCCAGAAGAGCCCUUAUACCAAGCUAAACGAUCCAAAUUAUUAUGCGGACUGAAACUUGCAUUCGACCCUACUCUCCCGGGACAUUACCACUGGCUGGCUGUGGUGUCGUUAGCUAUUUUGUACAACAUGGUUUUCGUCAUUGGGCGAGCUGUCUUCUGGGAACUGGAUAAACUAACAUCCCUGUGGUUUGUGCUGGACUACCUCUGUGAUGCCAUUUACGUGUUUGAUACCAUCGUGCACAUUCAUGAAGGUUACCUUGAACAAGGUCUUAUGGUAAAGGAUCCAAAAAUGCUCAGGAAACAUUAUUUAAAAUCAGUAUCGUGGCGAUACGACUUAAUAUCAUUGUUGCCUACUGACUUAGCCUACUACUGGUGGAUUCCUGGAACUUGUGAUGCUAACUGUUUGCCGUGCCCUGUUAUUGUACGACUCAAUCGACUAUUUCGCCUGCCUCGAAUGUGGGAGUGGUUUGAUCGUACUGAGACUGCCACUAGCUAUCCAAACGCGUUCAGGAUUUGUAAGGUUGUUAUGGCGAUCCUUGUCCUGAUUCAUUGGAAUGCAUGUUUGUAUUUCGCUAUAAGCUAUGCAAUUGGUUUCGGGACAGAUAAUUGGGUUUACAAUAUCACAGGAGCUCGCAAUGAAACAUUGGCACAUCAGUACAUUUACAGUUUCUACUGGUCCACUCUGACUUUGACUACUAUUGGAGAAACUCCACAGCCAGAAAUUGAUGCAGAAUACUUAUUUGUCGUAGGGGACUUCUUAGCUGGUGUUCUUAUUUUUGCUACCAUUGUUGGAAAUAUUGGGUCAAUGAUUUCGAAUAUGAACGUUGCUAGGGUGGAAUUUCAAAACAAAAUGGAUGGUGUUAAACAAUACAUGGCUUUUAGAAAAGUUAGCGGUGAACUGGAAGCCCGAGUGAUUCGUUGGUUUGCUUACACUUGGGCACAAAGUGGAGCAUUAGAUGAAGAAAAUGUGUUAUCAUCUUUGCCCGAUAAACUUAAAGCGGAAAUCGCAAUACGCGUCCACUUGGAUACUUUGCGUAAAGUGAGAAUAUUUCAAGACUGCGAACCUGGGUUACUUGAAGCACUAGUGCUUAAACUUAAACUUCAAGUCUUUAGUCCUGGGGAUUAUAUUUGCCGCAAAGGAGAUGUUGGUAAAGAAAUGUAUAUUGUUAAACGUGGCAGACUUCAAGUUGUAGCUGACGAUGGCAAAACUGUAUUAGCUACUUUGAGCGCUGGCUCUGUCUUUGGAGAAGUGAGUGUUCUCGAAAUAGCUGGUAACCGUACCGGUAAUAGAAGAACGGCUAAUGUGAGAGCCUUGGGCUAUUCAGACUUGUUUUGCUUAGCAAAAAGAGAUCUUUGGGAAGCACUUGCUGACUAUCCAGAUGCCAGAGCAACACUCACUGAACGUGGAUGUCAGUUAUUAAGGAAGGAUGGAUUGCUUGAUGAAGCCGUUUUCGAAAAUGCACAAACAACUCAACAGAGCAUGGAGGAAACUGUGCACAAAUUGGAAACUACCGUUGAUAUGUUGAAUAAUCGCUUACAAGGACUACUUACUGACGUCGGAGAAGAACAGGCUAAAAUAAAACAAAGAAUUAGUAAAAUAGAGCUAAGGUUUAUGGAAACGGAAGAUGAAAAUACUGAUUCUGACGACUUGACAUCGUUGGCAGCGUCCGAUUUGAGGAGUGAUGUUGGUGGUUAUAGUGAGUUACCGAUGAUAUCGGCUUACAACACCUCCAUGCAUCUGCUGACCCAUCCUAUGCCCGUGCGUGAACGUGGCCACUCACUAAGUGUUGAGAGAUCAUCUGGCUUGCUGAAUCGAGCUCCGGAGCCACGCAGCAAAUCUCUUCGUUUGAAACGAAUCCACAAAGACACUUCUAAAUAA